AUGCACGCACCACCAGGAUAUACCCCUGGCAGCUACGACUCCCGGGGCAACUACAUCCCCACUGACGAUGAGGUGAUGGCGUACCAGGCAGCUAGGGUCGCAUGGGAGGACCAAGUUGUGUACGGAUACUACGCGUUGGCGUUUAUCGUGGGCGUGCUGGCGCUGGCGGUUGUCAGCCACUUGUUCUGGGUCCUCCGUGUGAGGUAUAACAGGUUGGGCAAAGUGGUAGGAUACGCGCGCCUCGCCGCUGCUCUCCGCCUGAUGAGCUAUCCACGCCUCAUGCCCACUUCCCUCAACUGGAUUUGGUCAUGGGGUGCCCUCGGCCCAAACCUGAUCCUCGUGGCUGGCCUCCUGGUCGCCUCCUGCCUCACGUGGGUCAACAAGCUGUACUACUAUCCGCCAUACUACGGCAGCGCUCCGCUGUAUCUUCGCAGCGAGUGGAUAGCAAUGGCCACCCUUCCGUUUGUCUACGUGCUCGGAGCCAAGCGCAACAUGCUUUCAGUUCUCACCGGUGUAUCCCAUGAAAAGCUCCAGAUCCUGCACCAAGGAGCCGCCUUCAACUUUAUCUACAUGUCGCUUGUGCACACCAUUACUGCCUGCAUUCGCGCCGAUCGGGAGUACGGCCUCGUCCUCACCAUCCAGUUCGACGAUAUUUACAUUUCGGGCUUUGUGGCACUUGCUCCACUCUUGGUGCUGUUCGUCGGAUCGCUCCCGCCCAUCCGCAAGUACCUGUACGAGGCAUUCUACUACGUCCACAUUGUCAUGGCACUGUUCUUCCUGGGUGCCCUCUUUUGGCAUGGAUAUGGCCUUCUGGACAAUGACAGCGUGGCGUGGCGGCUCGGCUGGAUGCUCCUGAACAACCCGUCAUGGCACCUCGCUCGUAUCGAACUGCUCAGCGAAGACACCUACAAACUCACCGUCCCAACAUACACCCUCAAGUGGAAGGCCGGUCAGCACGUCUUUCUCCGGUUCAUGGCCGUCCGCGCACUCGAGUCGCACCCAUUCACCAUCUCCAACAUGUGCACGGCGGGUGAAGUUGACACCAUGGUCUUUCUCGUCCGUUCCCAGAACGGUUUUACCAAGGCUCUCCUGCAACACGCUCUCCGCACCAACACGGGCGAGUACAAGGUCCUCGUAGACGGACCAUACGGCCAUUCCGCCGACGAGCUGCGCGUGUUCGACUCUGUCCUCGUGUGCGUCGGUGGCAGCGGCAUCUCGUGGGCCGUGGCGGUCCUGCAGGCGCUUGCAGCUUCGCCUCGCCCUCCUGCCAUAAAGCUGGUCUGGGCGGUCCGUGACGCCUCUGCCCAGGGGUGGUUUGCUUCUGAAAUUGCCGCUCUGAACAAGGCCGCGACAGUGGAGAUACAUGUGACCGGAGGCGGCCACGACUCGCCGGCGUCUGCCCAUAGCGACAAGGAAGACUCUCCGUCAAUGUCGAGCGCGAUUCAACAUGGCCGACCAGACUUCAAGGCGAUCAUUGCUCAUCACGUUGGACAAGCACAGGGGAGCGUGGCAGUCGCGGCUUGUGGACCAGAGUCGUUGCUUGCAGACUGCGCCAACGGCGUCUGGCGUGUCGAGCUAGAUAUCUUGAUGGGGAGGCUGCCAGAGGUGGACGAGGUGUACUUUGCUAGCGAGGCCUAUGGCUGGUGA